GCGAACGGCACGUCACGAACAAAAGCUAAUCGAUUUUAAUAAAUGUCACUCGGUCAUAUGCCGUAACGUUGGAUAAAUUUGCAGUACAACAGACACGUUGAAGCUCUAUAAAAAAUAUUUUGGUUGAAAUACAAAAAAUAAAGAAAUAAAAUUCUGAGGGUAUACAGUUAAAUUUUUCAAAAUUUUAUCGUGAUACCUCCAUGUUUUUCAUCCGAAAGAGCGAUUGGAUGCCUCGCGAUUCGACGCAAUAUGAAGAGAAGUACAAAGUGUGUCGUACAGACCAUUAAUCUGUCCAAUCCUGCGACAUGCAGGAAACCGAAGGUACCGAAACUCGUAAGCGCGGGUUCCUCCUCCGAUCCUAAUCGCGCAAGCGAUUCCUGGACCCCGAGACCGGUGGAAGUUAAAGUUUGUUCGUGGAAAGACGCGCAAAGGAAAUGUCCGCGGCCAAAGUUCGCAGCUCAGAAGGAGUUACCUCCGUUGCCGCUUACGACCGGCGCGAAGCUUUACAGGGUUACGUCGUUCUUCGUAAAAGGCGCAAUCGUUGCUGGUCUCAUCUGUUGGACCUGCUCGGAGGGUCUUUGGAGCGACAGCAGCAAAACGGAGGAUCUGUAUUACAGAAUGACGAGCGUGAUUUUUCCCGAUCGGCCGGCACGCUUGCCGCAUCUCGAGGGAAUAAAAUACUCCGUGUACGAGACGUACAAUCACGUGGUGGUGAAAGGCAUGGAUAUCAUCGUCAGCGUGCCGCGCUGGGUGCAUCGGAAACUGCGAGAUCUCGUAUACCCGUGCGAGGCUACGAAAGAGACGGACAGGAAGCGGAAAUCCUCUGACGAGAAUUCGAUGGGAACGUAAUUUCGCCAAUUGUGCGUGUCAAAAUUCGAGGAUACCGCGUUACGAUGGAUGUGUACAGUCAUCGUACACAUCGGUUGCUUUCUUUUUUAUAGGUUUCAAA